AUGGAUGUGAUUCUUGAUUCUGUUACGAAAAGCUCAAUAUCAAUGGGUCAUACUCCUAUAUUUACAGCUAUUUGUAAAGAAAAUAGUAGUAGUAUACUGAAGAAAAACUCAAUAAUCAUCGUGACUGAUUACGGUUUAGAUAUUUAUUCUGCAGCCAAAGGUAAUUUAAGAACUACACUCUCUUGGAUAGCAAUUUCUAAAGUUGGUAUUAAAAACAACGAUAUUUCACUAAAAUUUAGCAGUAAAAGUGUUUCAAUAUCUACAGAACUAUAUGCUUCGAAGUUAUUUGGUGCUAUUGUUCACUGUCUUCAGCAAUUACUUUCGAGUUUUGAAAUACAGCUUCUCCAAAUUGAUAAAUUCAACGUGCCAAAAGCAAAACAUUCAGGUUAUGGAGCACUUUUACGUUUUUCUGAACUAGCUAGAUCUAAUGGUAAGUUAAUUUCACCUGAAUCACUCGAAAAAUUAAAAAACGUGUUAAUGAUUUCGAAAAAAGAAGUCGAUUUGUCAAUUCUUGGUGAUCUCCCAACAACAUUUCCGAUAUUUCUAGGCACUUUACCACUCAUUUCUACUAUACAAUCACUCAAUAUCCCUCAAAUUCCGAUGUUUCCUACUUAUCAAGUGCUUUCAGACUAUGCUGCAUCAAUCGCCCGACUCAAUUACGUUGAUAUUGCAGGACAGGUUAGUGAACUAUUCAAAUUAUUCCUUACGAAGCUUUCCAACAUGCAAAAUUCAAAAUUAUUAGGACUUUCAUUCACAAACUCUGAUUUUACAGUGGAAUAUCUAAGUCUUCUUUCUAAUUUCAUCUCUACUCAAAAGAUUUCUGCAAUUGGCUUUCACAACGCGAUAAUUUAUGAUGCGAUGCCGCAUUUUUACUCGAAUUUCUUUACAUCAACCAUGGUUGACUCUUUGACAGUUCUUAAUCUCGAUAACACAAAGAAUCUCGACAUACAAAAGCUGUUUCCUUCAUUAAAGAACAUUUAUAUUUUAAGUCUUGAAAAUUGCAAUCUUUACAUCGAUAAAGUGUUUUCUCAGAUGGAAAUAAGCGGAUUCAGGAACAUCAGAGCUUUAAAUAUAUCAAACAACUUAUGUGAGCAUCUCCCAACAACAGCCAUUUCUCUUCCACAAACAUUGAUUUCUAUUGUUGCAAAUAACAUAAGAUGGAAUGAUUUGUGUUUGUUAAACAUGCUGAAAAUUGUUUUUUCCAAGCGAAGAAACAACACGAAACUGAGUCUUUCUUAUGCAAAUGCAAGUCCUGAUGAAUGGCAAAGAGUUUGGCAAUUCUUUUCUACUUGUAAUUAUGAUAAUUUGAUAUCAUUUACAUGGGAUGGAAAUCCUGUCAAUGUUUCUUUGUUUUCUUUCCUUUUGAUCAACCAACAACUUGAAUUCCUUUCCAUGUCAGAUAUUUUCUCUCAGAAUGAACCCAACACUGUAACAAUCUUUUCAAGAUAUCUCGAGAAAACAGAGUCAUUGAAAUUCCUCAUUUUGAAAGGAGGAAAUCAAAAAUAUCUUGGAAGAUUAAUAGGAGCAAUUACAAGAGUUACAAAUCUAAGGAAGUCAUUGAUUCAUUUAGAUAUAAGUAACAACAAAAUCGGAGAUAUUGGAUUAGAUCAAAUCAAGCCAUUGUAUACUCAAAAAACUGAAUUGAAAAUGAUUAAUUUUGAUGGUUCUUCUCCAACAUCGAAAGAUUCAAUGUUAAAUAUUCUUUAUUUGGCCGCACAGAACUUGGAACAAACACAUACGAGUUUCCCAAUAAAAGAUAUGAAUAUGAUGAAAGAUACUUCAAUGAUUUCAAAUGAAAUUUACAAUACAAUGUUGACGAAAUUCCAAAAGGCUCCGAAAUUAAACGGAGUCCCUUAUGGAGAACAGAUGUAUCCUAUUCCAACAACAUCUCCUUUCAUUGGACCUUUCAAUUAUUUCGUGGAAGAAGAGCAGACGAGUUUUCCGAAAUAUUUAACUAAAGAAGAAUUAUAUGACAUCAAGAAAGAACCAGAAAAACCUUUCCUUAGUACUAAUGGCAAAAUUGAUUUCUCUUCAAACAAAAUCUAUGCAGGAACAAUGGGAAGACCAAAGACGAAACCAAUCCUUGCACAAGACAUCUUCAGUCAGGAUACAAAUACUUCUGCAUCUCCAAAAUUUGCUCCUGUUCAAAGGCAAGUUCCUCAACAACAAAAGCAAAUUCCUCAGCAAAGACAAAUGCCUGAAAAGAGAAGAGCUCCUUCUGUUGCAAGUGCAAGAUCUGUUCCAAAACAAAAGUUCGUUGAGCAUGAUUUCUUAAAUAACAUAAGGACUGAUAACAACAUUAACUCUGAUUCUGAUAACAGUUUUUAUGGAGGAAAAGGAAAACAAAAAUCUUCUUCUGUUGCUCCUCAAAAUCGUAAUGAUUAUGAUUAUUAUUCUGAAUCAUCAUCAUUUGAAAUAUUGAAGCCACAACCUAUGCAAGCUCCAAGAAUCAAUAGAAGACCUCCAUCAAGAGCACAAACAAGAACAUUACCAGAAUCACAGUUAAAUACAAUUGCUAGUAAUACUUCGCCUUCUUCAAAGAGGACAAGAGGAAGAAGAGAAAAAGAAAGACCAGCACCAAUUGUUACGAAACCUGUUCAAUAUAAUGAUGAGUACUACUCAGAUGAAGAAGAAGUUUAUCCUCAACAAAGAAGGCAACAAAUUAAGCAGCCUCAAAGUGUUAGGAGCAAUAAAUCUCAAAAGAAACCUGUUCAAACUUAUGAUGAAUACGAAUAUUAUUCUGAUGAAGAAGAAGAAAUUACACCUCCAAGAUCAACAAGAAGCACAAGAAGUCAAAGACCACAACAACAGCAAAAGAAAUACAGAUACGAAGUGGAAACAAAUACUUCGCAAAAGAGAAAACCUAAGCAAGUCAUUCAACAAGAUGUUGAUUAUGACUACAAUGAUGAAUAUUCAGAUUAUUAUGUUGAACAAAAAGCUCCAUCUAGAAAAACACGUUCAAUUCAACAAUCUCCACAGAGACAGAGGCAAAGGCAAGAGCAGCAACCACAACAGCAUCUUCAUCGCAAACAAAUGGUCCAAGAACAACCAAAACGCAAUAGAAGAAAACAAAAUAUUGAAGAAGUUCAGCAACCUGUUCAAAGAACCGUCAGAAAACAACGAACAUUAAAAGCUGCUCCUCCUCAACGUGAAUUUCAUGAAGAGCCUCUUCAGCAACAACCUCAAAUAAGAAGUCAUAGCAGAUAUCAGCACAGAUUAGAGCAGGCAAUGGAAGAAACAAGGAAGACAAGAUAUAUUUCAACCUCAAACGAUAGGAGAAUUAAUGAUGAAAUAAUUCCAAAUGAGAGAACUUCAAAGAGGCAAACAUCGUCAAGAAACACACCUACAGCAUCAAGAACUAGUAAUUCACAACGCAACACGCCAAGACAACAGAAGAAAAUUGUUGAAAGCGAUUAUUCUUAUGAUGAAGACCAAAACUACAAUCAAUACGAAUCACCAAAAGGUGUUGUUAGAGUUGAUGCUAGAAAGCUUCAUGCAGAUACAAAUUCUGCUGAAUCAUAUGGUGAAUAUUAUUAUGAUGACGAAGAAGAAGAGGAAAUUAAAUAUCAACCAAAGAAGCGUUACCACUAUCAAUGA